CGGAUGCGCAUUAUCUUUAUCAAAUUAUCAUCCUGGCUCUGCCUUAGCAGGCGAGUCGCGGGAUCGUCGACUGACUCGCGUUUGCCUCCUUCUCAUGACCUCGCUCCUCGAUCGCGUGGAUGGUGUUUUCCGUAUGUCACUCAUCCUCUGUGGUACUGUCUUGCUGACGAUGAAGCUUCGACGAUAAUGCGUACCUUGAAAACGGAAAUGACAACAGCUACUCCAAUGGUGGUAGCUACGGUGGCGGUGGCGGAUACGGUGGUGGUGGCGGUGGCGGUGGCUACGACAGCUACGGAGGUGGCGGUGGUGGUGGCUACGGCGGCGGCUACAGUGGCGGCGGUGGCUAUGGCGGUGGUUUCGGCGGUGGCGACCGUAUGUCCAACCUCGGUUCUGGUCUCCAGAAGAUCGACUGGGGUACCGCCAGCCUGACACGUUUCGAAAAGAACUUCUAUGAAGAGGACAGGCGAGUCACCGCUCGUAGCGAUGCCGAAGUCGCCAAGUUCCGACAAGAGAAGGAGAUGACCAUUGCCGGAAGUGGCGUUCCUAGGCCUGUCGAGACAUUCGAGGAGGCCGGAUUUCCAGACUACAUUCUCGCUGAAAUCCGCAAGAUGGGCUUCUCCAACCCCUCUGCCAUUCAAUCUCAAGCGUGGCCCAUCGCUCUGAGCGGCCGCGACGUUGUCGCCAUUGCAGAGACCGGCUCAGGAAAGACCAUCGGCUUCGCGCUGCCUGCCAUGGUCCACAUCAACGCACAACCUCUGCUCGCGCCAGGUGAUGGGCCCAUCGCACUCAUGCUUGCACCGACACGUGAAUUGGCAGUUCAGAUUCAGACGGAGUGCAGCCGCUUUGGUGCCUCGUCUCGUCUUCGUAACUGUGCCGUAUACGGAGGUGUGCCCAAGGGCCCGCAGAUCCGCGACCUUUCUCGCGGAGCAGAAAUUGUCAUCGCUACUCCCGGCCGUCUGAUCGACAUGAUCGAAGCCGGCAAGACCAAUCUGCGCCGCGUCACUUACCUCGUCCUCGACGAGGCCGACCGCAUGCUGGACAUGGGCUUCGAGCCCCAGAUCCGCAAGAUUGUCGACCAGAUCCGCCCAGACCGUCAGACUCUCAUGUUCUCGGCCACAUGGCCAAAGGAGGUCCAGCGGCUGGCAAACGACUUCCUCAACAACUUCAUCCAGGUGAACAUUGGCUCGAUGGAGCUUGCGGCCAACCACAACGUGAAACAGAUUGUCGAAGUCUGCGAUAUGUACGAAAAGAGGGGUCGCCUGAUCAAGCAUCUCGACCAAAUCAGCCAGGAAAACGCAAAGGUUCUCAUCUUUACCGGAACGAAGCGUAUCGCCGACGACUUGACCAAAUUUUUGCGCCAGGACGGUUGGCCGGCACUGGCCAUUCACGGCGACAAGCAACAACAGGAGCGUGACUGGGUUCUUGCCGAGUUCAAGAGCGGUAGGAGCCCCAUCAUGGUGGCGACAGCUGUUGCCAGCCGUGGUCUCGGUGCGUAUUGAUUCUGCAGAUGUCCCUUUUCCAUAUUUGCGGUGUUUUAGGGGUCGAAACUGGCAAGGAAGGCAGAGGAGAGACCUCUCACAAGUUGACACCUCCACUGAUAUUGAGGUAUCUAUGAGGUGUCUACCAAGAGAGGUGCAACGCUCUCCUCUUCCUCUUACCUUUCUUGUCCCAGGUACGACCUCAUCGAGAGCAGCACUGAAGGCCCUCCUUCGAUUGAGGAAGGCUUUCUUGCGCAGGACGUCCGAUAUGCCGUCCGAUGGCAUAUCGAGACAGGACAGCAGCGCCUUGGCGCUAAAGCAGCUGGACAAUGAAGAGGUGGCCUAGCAAAACCCCGGCCAUCCUCUCGCAU